ACCAUGAUCAUUGUUUACUUCACGUCCAGGGUGAGGAGAACAACACCAUCAUACACGUUAGAGAUUAUUUCCAUUCAUCAUGAUCUGAAGCCCAGCACACCUUCCGGCGACAACCUAAACACAUACUGCAGUGUAUAUUCUAAUACCCAAGAAUGUCUGGGUCCUUGUCUGUGGUGUCGUUCGAAGGGGAACUCAACGCCAUUGUUCAAGAGUUUCUGGACUUUGGAGGAUUUGAUCGAACAUUGUCAACUUUUCAAAAAGAAUGUGACCAAAAAAAUAAACCUGUUACAUCACACAGCAUCAAAUCUAAAUCAAAUCAAAAACUGCUGGCGAUUCAGAAUGACCUUAUGCAGCAGUUCCAUAAAGGAAAACGUGAUCGAUGCUUCAAACUUUGGAAUGAAAACCUUCCCCCAAAUGUCAGAGAUUCGGAUGCUGUGGCAAAGAAACUUGAAUUUUACCUGAAUAUCUACUUUGCUAUAUACCCUAUUAAAUUUGGAAGGGGACAGAGAGAAGCUGACCGAUGUAUGACAGAUUUUAAGAAGUACCUUGAGAACCGUGGUGCUUCACUUAGUCAGACAACAGAGUUCCUUCCGUUUUAUGCCCUUCCUUUUGUACCUAAUGCCAAGAGUCAUCCCUCUUAUAAGGAGCUCUUCACUGAUGCUUGGGUGAAGGAUCUGGAGAACCGACUGGAGAAGUUUCUCACUUUAGCCUUGAAGUCAACACCACAACCCAAACUGUUUGAUUUAUAUCGCGGAAGUAAAGAUGACGAAGACAGUGAUAAUUUCCAGCAGAUCUCCCGCCUACAACAACAACUCGUGGACGCAGAGAGAAAGACGAUGUCGUACAUUAAGCGACAUAAUCGUCUACAGGCUGAUUACCACAAUCUGAUUGGGAUAACAGCUGACUUGGUGGAAGCCCUUGAGUCAACAGUCACAGGAAAACCGGUAACCCCAGAGUACCUACAAGAGAUCUGUGCUCGCCUGUUCAGUGCACACAUGAACCAGUCCGUAGACUUUACACGUCCAGGCACAGCCAGCCAAUUUCUACGCCAAUCCAUCGCUCCUAAACAAAAAGCUAUGGAGGAACCAGAGCCUUAUCCAUCACUGGACUUCACAAAGAUCAAACAAGACAUGGCAGACGCUACCAACAAACGCAAAGCUCUGCUCCUACAGGCCUUGAGAUGGCGGCUGACAAAGUCCAACCCACAGCAGCGGGACGUGACAAUGACGGCCUACAGGGAUCACGAUCUACUGGGAUGUGUCCAAGGGGGACCCCACAGGACGGUGGUGUUAGGCCUACUGACGUCAUCGGAUGAGCUGGUGAAACAGAGCGCGGCCAGACUGUUCAAUGCGUUUGCCUCUCUAUGUGCAGGACGGACAUAUUUAGCUCAGAACCAGGACCUUUUUACCUCCCUACUGGACAGUCUCCACAGUGAAGAGAAAGAGUCAGUCACCAGGGAGAUGGUCCUGGGAGCCUUACAGAAACUCAGUUUACGACGUAACCUGCAGACAUCAAUGAUUGAUGCUGGACUGAUUGAGUGGCUGGUCAAGGUCCUAGAGGAUAACGACUCGCUGUCGGAUUACACACUGGAGUACUCCGUAGCCCUACUAAUGAAUCUUUGUCUGAGGACAUCAGGAAAGAGGAGAUGUGUGACCCACGCUAACCAGACAUUGAAAGUACUUAGUGAUCUUCUGGGUCAUGAAAAUCAGGAGAUCCGGCCAUAUGUAAAUGGUGCCCUGUACAGUAUUCUAGCCAUCCCGUCCAUCCGUGAGGAGGCAAAAGCUAUGGGUAUGGAGGAAAUUUUACGGUGUUUUAUCAAGGAGGACCAGCCAGAUAUGAACAGACAGAUUGAAUUCAUCAUCAAACAACUCAACUCAACGGAGACAGUGGAUGAUUACACGUCUGAUGAUGAGGAUGAGGAGGAGGAAGAGGAGGAUCAGGAUGCUAUGGAGCUUGACCUUGACAAGGAUGAACCUAUCCGACCAGAGGAUAAUGAACUUAGUGGUGAACAGCUUCUCUCUGCAGAUUACCUGGCCCCAGGGGGAGUGGCCUCCAAACCCAAGAAAAAGCAUACCGACUCAGUGAUGGCACAACAGGUUCCUCUUCAACGACCUGUUACGCCAAGUCAGCGUAGGGCGGCUGAUUCACCUCACCCCUCACAGGCAGGGAGUCGAGCUGUUUCUAGUCUAUCCCAGCGUCGUGCUACUCCAUCUGGUUUAGACCGUCCCCCUACACGGUCUGGCAGUCGACCGUCCACACAAGAGAGUCUUGAACCGCCCAGCCUUCGUGUGCCAUCCCGAGGUGUGUCACGUGAUGGUGGAGAUGGCAGAAAUACUGACCGUCCAACUAGCCAGUCGAGUCAAAAAAGUCUCCGCCCACAGAGCAAGGCCUCUCAGCUGAGUGGUAAGGAAUAUAGCCAGGCCUUUGGUUCCCGUCCUAAAAUACCACGAACCCCUGACGUUAGUGGUGGGGUUCCCAAGGUACCCAGGACACCUGACAGUUCUAAGCGUCCCACCAGUCGGGGAUCUAUCAGUAGCAGUGCCCCUCCCCCUCCACAGUUCUCUGAGUCUGGACCACGACCAAGCUCUGCUGGAAAGUCAGGGACAUAAAAAAUCUGCGUCUGGAUCACGAAGAGGGUCAGCUAAGAGCAGUGCCAGUCCUCGUCCAGACCCCAGUGGUGCCUCCUAGUACAACAUAUCGUUUUAUCAUCAAUAGCUGUUGUGAUAGACAUUCCUGUUGUCAUGUGAACAGAACCAGAGUGAGAAGUGUUACCUAUGGGUGUGAAUCUGGUUGAAUUAAUUAAGAUGAUUUAUUUCUUUUGGUCAUUUUCAUUAUUACUGCAAUGCAUCACUUUUGUUGUGGUACAUUUUAAUCCGUGUGUAAGUUGUACAUGUUCCUGUGACAUGUAUAAAUACAAAAUGUGUAUGAUUAAGGAGUUGUUAAUGAAAAUCAGUUAUUAGAUGAUACUGAAUUGUUGUCGA